CAUGAGGACGGUCUGGCUCACAGAUGCUGAAAAGACUCACAGAGACUAUAAACAGAUCGCUUGCAUGUUUCCACGUGUGUGGAUGACGACGAGACGAUAGGAGCUUAUUUUAGUUUAGCGUGUUUGAAGGUUUUAAGUACAAAACUAAAGAGGAGGAACAACACAACAGAAAGCUGUAAACACAAAAAGGGGAGUUCCUGAAAAAGAGGAGGAAAAAAACUGAAGUCAACUGUGGAGAGACGAAUGUAAAAGGAAAGAAACAGUGGAGCUGGAGUUCUUCAGAGCAGACGUUUAGCACAGUGGGUUAAUAAAGAAUAGAAAGACAGAAGGAGAGUUAACAGAAGAAAAACAGUAUGAGGGAGGAGGACAAGUCCACUGAUGACCACUCUGAAGGACAGGUGGUGUCCAGGGCAGAGACCAAGGGAAGACCACCUUCUAACGCCUGUCCUGUCGUCGUAGCAACACCUGGAAUCAACGGACGUAAACGGCAGACGGGCUCACAUGCGGAGGAUCAUGUUACCACAGUGACCGCCACCACAUCGGCAGAAGAAGGUCAAAUCAAACCCGGGGACGACGUCCAGAUUUACACCCCGUCCGGACCGAAAAGGCUGAAGAGGAGUCCUCAACACCGGCCGCCGUCGUCCGGGCCGUCCCUGUCUCCUAUCCCCGGUCCGAGUCCUGGAAGUCUGUCGGCCCUCGAGGACCCACACGCCCAACGUGUGAUUGCCAACAUACGUGAGCGCCAGCGAACACAAUCACUGAAUGAAGCCUUUGCCUCAUUGCGCAAGAUCAUCCCCACUCUCCCCUCUGACAAACUGAGCAAGAUCCAGACCCUAAAGUUGGCGUCACGGUACAUUGACUUUCUGUAUCAGGUUCUGCAGAGCGAUGAGAUGGACAGUAAACUGGCUGGAUGUAACUACCUGGCCCACGAGAGACUGAGCUAUGCUUUUUCUGUAUGGAGGAUGGAAGGGGCCUGGUCGACCAUGUCUGCUGGGCACUAGUCCUGCGGCAAAGAUAGACUUUUUUGUGUUGCUCUUAAUUGUAUGACAGAUCCCUCAUACAAGGAAAUACCCUCACAUGACAUAUAAUGCCAAGGAUACAUUGGAACACUGUGUUUCGGUGUGUUUAAACACCGCAACAUCUGUUUGCCUCAACGACCGGACCUGAACAUCUGAUGUAAUGCAACAUAUCUUCAGUGGGUUGUGACUGUGGACACUUGAUGCUUUUAUACUUCUUAAAUAUUGCAGUACUGCUCAUGUGCACCGAUGGUAGCAUUGACAUGAAAUAUAAGAAACACAGCUUUUGUUGUGUUAUUACUAGCAUUAAAAAAAACAAAAAAACAGGAUUUCUUAACGACAUCUUUUUGCCUAGAGCACAACGAAGACCGAAACAGAGAAUAAAACUUGAUUUUUGAACAUUUCAAGCAUGGAGGUUAAGGAUACAUCAUUUGAAACGUUACCUCUAUGUGAAGCCCCUAAACACUUGGCUUCAUGAACUAUGACUUCUGGCUUUAUCGUCAUCAUCACCCUCAGCUAAAUGAUCAUCUUCAUCACCAUAGGUACGCACACUCUGAGCCAUACAUGAACAUCUUUUUUUUGUUUUCCUUUAUUUCUGCCUCAAGAGAACAGCAGAAGAACCCAAAAGAGAUUUUUUUUUUAAAGUCAGAACUGGAGAGACUAACUAAGACUGGACCUUUGACCUUUCCCUACCCUUUCAACCUCCUACUUUUCCGAAACUUUGACACGUUAUGAAUCCCUGACCACCUCUGAACCGAAAUGACGGUGGAAAAAGUAGCCGUGGGCAGCCUUUCGUCCUGACUUAAGUUUCUCCUCUUUAUACCCGAACCAAGCCCCUUUGUUUCUUCCAGUGCCAAAAAAACUCUCCUCUACAAAUUCUUUCCUCUUCAUUUUGGCCCAAAUUUGCUUGCGUUGCACGAAACCGUGAUACAGCUACAGCGAGCUGACGAGGAGGCGUAAUGAAAACAAACGGUUUCUGAAAGCCAUGAAUCAUGUGUGUCACCAUCAAAGGGGAGGCUGAUGUGGCUCCCUGCUGAGCUCCCAUAAACCACUGGGAGUGAUGGAGGAGCUGCUGAACAGUCACUGGAUUGUCCAUGUUCAUAUCUCGACUAUUUCUACCCUCGUCACGGACUCAAAUGGGACUUUAAUGGAGAAAAUAAGGACUUAUGAUAAACGUUUAACUGCCUCUUGAUCAGGAUAUCGGCCGCCAUGCUGGUGUAAGAGGACAAUUUCACUUUCAGCACACUGGGAGAAAACAGUAUUACAUACAAGUAGAUCACAGGUGUCAAACAUGCGGCCCGGGGGCCAAAACCGGCCCGCCAAAGGGUCCAAUCUGGCCCCUGGGAUGAAUUUGUAAAGUGCAGAAAUU